AAUUAUAGUUCGAUAUAAAUGCUUAACUUAUAAUUGUGCUUUGUAAAAGUUGCUUUUAAAAAUAAAAUUUUGUACAUUAAUUUGCGAAAUGAGUACUUCUGAAUCCACGUAUAAAUCCAAUAAUGAGGUUUCCAUCGACGAUGAAUACAUUGAAGCAAUUGUAUGCAGAGAAGAUGAACUUCUUGAAAAUGAAAUAAAAUCGUUUCCGAUGGGUGAAGGACAAAUAUUAGUCAUUAAACAAGAUGGAGAAAUAUCAGCUAUUGGUAGUAAAUGUCCACAUUACGGUGCUCCUUUGGAUAAAGGCGCUCUUGGAAAAAAUCGCAUACGAUGUCAAAGGCAUGGAGCAUGCUUUAAUAUAAAAACUGGUGAUAUUGAAGAUUAUCCUACGGUGGAUGCGCUGCCUUGUUUUGAAGUAAAAAUCGUGAAUGGAAAUAUUGUAGUGCGUGGUGAGAAAACCGAAAUUAAAACUUCCAAACGUACAAAACCAAUGGUCCAAAAGAAUCCAUUAGAAUCAGAUGUGUAUGUUGUUAUUGGAGGAGGACCAUCCGGUGGUGUUUGUGCCGAAACGUUGCGCCAAGAAGGGUACACGGGGAAAAUUAUCAUGGUUUGUAAGGAAAAAUAUUUACCAUAUGAUCGAAUCAAAGUGUCAAAAUCGAUUAAUUUUGAUAUAAACAAAGCACAACUUCGAUCUGCUGAAUGGUAUGAAUUAAACGGAAUCGAAGUCAUUACGGAUAAUGCGGUAAUCAACCUAAAUACCACCGAUAAAACUCUUAAUCUUAACAGUGGUAGAAUAUUGAACUAUACAAAAUGUUAUAUUGCAACUGGUUCUAAUCCACGAUUACCAAAUAUUCCUGGGAAAGAUUUAAAGAAUAUAUUUACAAUGAGCCAUUGUGAUGACUCAAAAAAUGUUUUGGAUCUUCUUAACUCGGACACGCAUGUUAUAAUUUAUGGAACAAGUUUUACUGCUCUAGAAUCAGCGGGUUUGUGUAAACGAAAAGCAGAAAAAGUCACUGUGAUUGGAAGGAGUGAUGUGCCGUUAAAAACAUCAUUUGGCGAGCAAAUUGGCAAACGCUUCAUGGAUUUUUUUGAAGAGAACGGCAUUAAUUUUAAAAUGAACCAUGAGAUAAAACGUUUCAUUGGAAUAGAUGGUGUGUUAAAUUCUGUUGAACUUGAUGACGGGACGCAAUUUAAGGCAGAUUUAUGUAUUGUGGCCAUCGGCUCAAAUUUAUUCACUGAUUUUCUUAAAGAUAGUGGUAUCAAAAUUCGCAAUGAUGGUUCGAUUCCAGUAAACAAAUACAUGGAAACAAAUAUUCCUGGAAUCUUUGCUGGUGGAGAUAUUGCUUAUGCUCCAGUGUAUUCAAAUAAUAUGGAACCAGCAGUCAUUGGCCAUUAUCCCCUUGCACAGUAUCAUGGUAAAAUUGCUGCCUUAAAUAUGAUUGGAAAAGCAAGAGAAACGAAGUCUGUUCCAUUCUUUUGGACUGUAUUACUUGGUAAAUCCCUCCGAUAUGCUGGGUAUGGACACCCCGAUGAGAUUAGAAUUGUAGGAGAUUUAGAGCAAAUUAAAUUUUAUGCAUUUCAUUUCAAAGGUGAUAGAGUGAUUGGUAUGUCUAGCUGUAAUCGCGAUCCAAUUGUUGCACAGUAUGCUGAAUUGUUGUUCCAAGGAAAACAUUUAACAAAAACGCAGGUUUUAGAAGAUCCUUUAGGAUGGAUAAAAUGUUUAACUCAAUGUUAAAUUUUUAUAUAAACACACUUAAAUACACAAAAUAACCGUAUCUUAUCUUUUCCACUUAAAAAUAUUUUAUUUGUAGAUUAAGUUUUAUCGAAUAUUAAAUUUAAAUUACUGUGCACAAUCCAGGGUCGAAUUAAGUUACCAGAGUCGAGCUAAGUUUCCAAAGAGCAAGAGUUACCCUUGCACGAAUAAAAGCAUGCAUCCUCCAAAAGAAACGGCAAGACGUCUGUGAAAUGUUUACUUGAUAUUUUUUCGAACCCAACUUCUCAAUUAUUUAAUAGUACACUAAAGUAGCUUCCUCAAAUUUUAAUUUCUCGUCGAAUCCUGAUAUACAUAAGUAUAAUAUUAUUGUCUAUUGCUUAAUUCGCCCCUGCUAUAAUCCAGUUUACCGGCUAAGUGACCGGGCGAGGAAAGGCGCAAUCGCCUUUAACAGUUUGACUACUUAGACUGGGGAAUUGCGGGUUCGAAUCCAGGCAGCGGCAAUCUGAACAAUUAUAAUUAAUAGGGCGGUAAAUUGACCACACUCUCGUCGUUUGGAUAAGAACGAAGUAACCGACUCCA